CCAGAGCGGAGAUCAAGGCCGGCACCUCGCAUCUCUUGCCCUCGAUUCUUUGGCGUAUAAGUCCACCAAUACUACGUCGACCAACUCGACCAGCGGUCACGCUAGUAAUGGUUCCUUCCCUCUCAAUGUGUCAAGUACAAAUGGGACGCAGUUCUACUUGGUCGAUGCUAAUGACAACUCAUCCGACAACCCUGCAAACGCGACGAAGCACGUCAUGGUCCAAACUGAUAUGUUUAAUUCCCUCUACUGUGCGACUUUCGACCCGAACCCAUCUGGGCCCGAGCCAAUGAUGAUGGAGAUGUGCAAUCCGUUGCCAUAGGAGAACAACGUCAAAAACCUGGAUUACUCAUAUAACAACGGCAUGGCGCCUAUCGUGGACUACACCAUUUUGGCAGCGGAUCCACACAAGAGUCAGAUCUUCGAGUACAAUCCCUCUACUGGUGUCAUCAAGCCGAUGUGGACGAACAGCGACGGCAGCACUUCCUCGCAUGCGAUGUUUGUUGAGCGGGAUAGUACGAACACCAGCUCUACGUCUGCGCCUCAGCCCACUACUUCCUCAUCUGCACCAGAAGCACAGAACGUGACUCUUGUGUUCCGGCCUUCGAAUCAUGCGGUCUCUGCACCUCCACCUUCUACCGAUGCUGCUGAAUCGAGCGCAGACGAUGUGGUGACGACGACAAUUACCACGACGGCUGUCUACACUGCCACCGCAACCCCGUCUUCAUCUUCGUCGUCCGCUGCUGGAAGUCCUGUGGCCGCUAUCGCUGGGCUUACCAUGACAUCUUCAUCAUGCUCGUCAAUGCCAACAGCAUGCAGUUCGACAUCGACAUCGACACCCUCUCCUGCUAUCCACGCUGCUGCUGCUGCUGCUUCAAGCGCGGGUUCGCUUUCUUCGAAAGCAACUUCCACAGGCCCCGCCCCCAUUCAACCUACAUCAUCAUUGAUGCCACCCUCUCCUUCUGUCCACGCUGCUAUCGCCGCUUCAAUCCCGGGGUCGUUAUCUUCUCAAGCAACCUCCACAGUCCCUGCGACUACCGCCCAACCGACAUCUUCAUCUAUCCCGCCCUCUUCAUCUAUCCCGCCCUCUUCAUCUGUCCACGCUGAUAUCGUUGCUUCAAGCCCGGGGUCGUCAUCUUCUCAAGCAACCUCCACGGGCUCGGCGACAUCGACCUCGCAGCCCGUGAGUGGCUCACUGGAAAUUGAGUUCGUCCCGAUUGCGGAUUUCCCGUCUUCUGCGUCCAUCACAUCAUCUUCCCCGUCGUCCUCAUCUUCUUCCUCUACCUCCUCUGCCCCCUCUACCUCCUCUACCUCCUCGUCGCCAUCCACAACGCCCGGCCGGAUGAACGCGGCUGCAAUCGCUUCAGAAAUCGCCAACUCUCAUUCCAGCGCUUCUACCGCGAUCGGCACUAACACAAGCAGUGCUUCUGCUAGUUCAACGGCUGCGCCAACAACCACCACAAAAUAGGUAGGUAUCUUAUAUCGAGAACGUACUUAGAUAAGUAAAUUAGACUAUAAUUGUAUCACUGCAAUGGACAGAUUGUCAUGCGAAUCAUAUUGUCGCUAUAGGAGAGAGCA